CAGUCUCUCAAACGUGAAAAUCUGAAAGAAACCGCCUAUUUUAUCUUCACUUUCAGUAAGGUGACUUAAACAGCACAUGACAAGGCAGUUUGUCCCAUCGCGCCAGCGGCACUAAAGUUCCCUCUUUCGGCGGGCUUUUCGGACUUAGAACCAACGUUCCCAGGUGGCUUCCUCGUUUUCACAUCUAGAAGCAAAUGUUUCUACCGAAUAAGGAAAGAAAGUGACCUUUGGAGUGUCGCUCAAGUUCAUGCGCCCGAUAUCACGGGACCGAAUUUGAUCUGAAAUAGCUCGUAUCAGCACAUUCGUUCGGUUGAACGUACUAUACUCUUUACACAAACCCAGGUAACAUCUCACGGAUCUAUCCAUUGCAGUUGGCAGGCAUUUCUUCAUUCUUCGUUUGAAAACAUUUCUUAUUUGACGGCGAAUAUAGUACCACCGGUACCGGUUACGUAAUUGCAAACAUGGAAUUUGCUUCAAAGGGAACUUGCUGUGUUGUUGGCUGCAAGAAAAUUGCUUUCCUUUUAACUUUUGGAAUUUUGCUCGUGGUGGCAGGAGUAACUCUAUAUUUUGAGAUGGAUCGCUAUAUCCAGAAUAAGAUCAAUAAUUAUUUAGUGCUCAAACCUGGGUCAGACGUUACUAAGCAAUGGAUAAAUCCUUCGGUGCCAAUAUACCUGCAGUUCUAUAUUUUUGACGUAUCGAAUCCAAUGGAGGCGAAGCAAGGACUACGACCGUAUCUUGUUCAGAAAGGUCCAUACUCAUACCGGGAGCACAGGCCGAAACAGAACAUAACGUGGAAUUCAAAUACAGCUACGGUGACUUACAAUGAGAAAAUGUCGUACGUCUUCGAUGCAGAAACAUCUUGUGAUACUUGUGAUCCAUUUCAUGAUAUCGUUACCACAGUAAACAUUCCAUUAGUUACAUUGGCAGAAGCAGCUGGGAAAUUCCCGAAGAUUGCACGAGAUGCUCUGUCGUUAAUCUUUGCAGGUUUUCAGGAAAAACUGUUCGCAAAAAGGCGCGUCCAUGACUUACUCUGGGGUUACUCUGAUCCAAUAUUUAAGAAGUACAAUGAUAUAAGAAACGAUUUUCCUUUUUUGUGGAAAUAUCUUCCCAAGGUACCAUCCGUAGUAGCCCUUCAACAGAAUAACACUUAUGACGGGGUUACCAGUGUAUUUACUGGCCAGACUGAUAUCAGCAUGUUGGUGCACUGGAUGGAUUGGAAAGGUAUGACAGAGUUACAAGUUUGGAAGACCAGAUAUGCAAACAUGAUAAAUGGUACAGAUGGCUCUCAAUUUGCACCAGAAGUAAGCACAGAUGACACAUUGUAUGUAUUUGUUACUCAGCUAUGCCGUGCACUGUACUUAACUCAUAUAACAAAGACUGAUGUCCAUGGUAUAGAGGCUCUUCAAUUUACUAUACCUGCAAAGGCCUUUAUGAAUGCCACUGCCAAUCCAGACAAUGAAGGGUUUUGUACAACAAAAUGUUACCCAUCUGGUAUUUUGGAUGUUGGUGUGUGUCAACCACCAUCACCCAUAGCUAUACCCCUGUUUGCUUCGGCCCCACAUUUCUACUUGGGGGACAAAUCCCUUUGCAAGCCACUUGAUGGUCUCUCUCCAAAUGAAGCAGAUCAUAGCACUUUUCUCAGCGUAGAACCACACAUAGGAAUAUCAUUGAAGAGCAGCAAACGACUUCAAAUCAAUGUGAAAGUUGAACCUGUGGAUGGCAUUUCUCAGACUACUGGAAUCCAAAGCAUGUUUUUUCCUGUCUUCUAUAUAAAUGAGACAGCAACAAUUGACAGUACAACAGCUGAAAAGCUGAAGAGUCAGGUGCUGUCCAAGUUCACUCUAGUUCAUGCCAUUGAGCUGGGUUUGGUUUCAUUGGGAGGAGUGCUCAUCAUUAUUGCUUUAACUCUGUUUGUUGUUCGUAGUUUAAAUCUCAGAAAAAUGAGGAGGCAAAUGCUUAUAGGUUUGAUCAACCGUAGUUCUGAAACAAGUCCUCUUUUGUCAUAAUUGAAGAUAAGAGAGUUGUGGCACUCCUUCAACAGCAGUAGAGAUGUGACAUGGGCUCAAAUGUUAAGCAAUUAAAGUAGCAUUGAUGUUGCUAGUGACAAGGAGUAAACAGCUCUCGAGAAAUUGUUGUAAUGCAACAAGUCCUUUUGUAACUCUUCUUGUCAUUAGCAAAAUGAUAUAACAGUAAAGUCAGUUGUCUUCUCUGUUUUGGUUUUGGGAAAACUCUAGACUGUAGGUUUGACAGAAGAUUAUCCUAGGCAAUACAAAGGCUCAAUUCUCUUUGUUAGGAGACGUGAAUUAGGGAAAGAGGGAAGGUUCUGCAAAGCAGAUCCUCUAGAGAACAUUUUUCUAAAAUUAAUCAAAAAUUGUAAUGCAUCAAAAAGCUUAGAUGAAAGUUUAUGUGAAAAAAAAAAGACUACUAUUUGAAAAUUAAUCAAGAUUGUAAUUUGUCAAAAAGCUUAGAGGAAAUUUUUUGUGAGAAAAAGGUGAUAAGUUACUGUUGUCAUUGCGUCUCAGUGUUUGGUUAGGAAAAUACUCAUAAUUACUGUUUCAUUCGGCUUUUUAAGAACUUAAACAUUUUGUACGAAGAAUGAAAUGGAAAAUAUCACCUUGAGAUUAAGAGAUAUAUUUUUAUUAUCAGAACAAUACAUGGUAAGAUUUGAUUGUAAAUUAGUGAAGAUAUGAUAGUUUUAUAUCAAGGUAACACCUACGCUGGAUUUCCACAGCUUUCACGAGUCUGUUCUUUUUUGUUCGUCCUUUGGGGAGGAGCAUGGGCCCCGGUUUCCAAACAGCAGCUGGUAGUCAAGCCUAGGUAACAUCCUCCAGCAGAUAAGCUGGCUGCAAUUUCUUGUCACCCGUUUGCUGAAUUCAGUAUUUAUAUUGUGAGGAGAAGUUACAGGUUGAUCAUUUAUGGAACAGAAAGGAUGAAAGGAAACAUCCCCUGAUGGGACAAAAUUGGCAUUAAAUAUCAGAAACAAUAUUUAUGCUUUAAUUUAAAAUUUGUUGUAAAUGGGGAUGAAGUGUGAGGAAAAAUUUAGACAGAUAUUGGCUGUUUUCCAACUUAAAUUUUGUUAUAUAUCACCAUGUUGAAUUGAAUGACAAGUUAUGGUAGCUAUUAUUGGCAUGAUUGCCUUGGAACUCAUGCAAACAAGAAAUUUUUUAGUGUGAUAAUAGUGGAAACUGUUUAAUGUCAUAAACAUGCCUUCUUAGAAAUUCAGGUUUUAAUAUUGCUUGUAUUUGUUUGUGUUCAGUUUUGAUACUUUGCUGUUCUUGUUCUGAGUUUUUCGAACAAAUUUUCAAAAUGCACAAGACAUUUUUGUCAUUUGACAGCAACUUGUUUCCCCACUGGAGGUUCCCUUCAAUACCUUUUAAAACUUUAAAUGUCUAUUUUCUCAGACCUGUAGGUGAAUCAUCCUGGAGGAAUUGAAUAAAGAGAAUUUUGCCAGCAAAUAA